CUCAGCACUGAACUCAUCCUUCCUGACCUACGAUGUCGGGUGCUGCAGUCUCCGUCUUUUUUGCUCUCUGUGUGCUUUUUGUUGGCUGCUGUGGAAAACCGGCGAUCCUGGGAGAGUCUGUAGAGUUAUCAGCAGAUGUGAAGUGUGAAGCGCAGGAAUUCAGUCUGAUCUACCGGCUGAGGGAUGACAGUCCUCGGACUGUGGCCCAGCUGGUAAACGGUGUCUGGAUCCCGGGAGAGAGCUACAGAGAGCGGGUGGAGCACAGCUCCACGGGCAGCUUGUUGCUAACCCGUGUGAACUACAACGAUCAAGGCUACUACGAGUUCACCUGCGCCGGGCAGGUUGUCACCACCAUCCAUCUGGAGGUCCUCAUCAUCUCCAACAACAACCUCUCUGUGCCUGAAGGAGACACGCUCACGCUGCCGUGUUAUUUCCACACCGUGGGGGACUCCGUGGGCUCUGUUGUGUGGGAAAGAGACGGAGAGCUGGUGCUGAAGCAGAGCCUCUCCUCCGGGGAGCUCAUAUAUGGGACUGGGUUCGAGGGCAGAGUGUCUGUGAGGUUUGACUGGUUUGUACUGGGAGACCUGUCACUGACGGUGGAGCGGGUCCAGCUGGAGGACCGAGGUGACUUCUUCUGCUGUGUUAAGAAAGGCAGCAGACAGAGGGGGGAGUGGAGAAAGCGGGGCAGUCCUGCAGCUGUGAGAGUGACUGUCAGUGAGAGGAGCACCAUCAGCAGCAGCACCUCUGCUCCCCCCACACGUGAAGCCGAGACACACACGGCAGCUUGUGUCACUCCCAUCAUCAUCACAGCUGGCAUAACCCUGCUGCUCUCUGCUGCUGCUGCUGCUGUGUGGUUGGUUUGGAGGAGGAAGUCCCGCAGAUCAGGAUCCACACCUGGAGGCGCUGAUGGAAGAACUGCCAGUGACGUGGAGAAGACACCUUUCACUGAGAGAGGCUCUGACAGAGGGACGUUCAUCGGAUAACUGAAGCGUGUGUGUGUGUGUGUGUGUGUGUGUGUGUGUGUGUGUGUGUGUGUGAUUUCUACACAAACACCUCUGCUGUGAUGCUGUGAUACAUUUUUAUGGGUUUUUUUUUUUAGUAUCUCGCUCCUUGCUUUAGCCGCACUUCCUGUUCCUGUAGUUUAUAAGUUUUAUAAGAUGUAAAUAUCAGCUUUUCUGCCAAUAAAUAUCUAAGAUUUUAAUGUUU